UUACCGGGUCCCGGCCAGAGAUUCACCACCAGCACCCAGUGAUUGCUGAGGAACAGUGAAAGGGGAGAGCACCAACAUGCUGCUUUGUAUUGCUCUGCAUGCAAAGGCAUACAAAGCAGCAUGUUUCCCUAGUAAAACACACACAGCACACACAGUAAAACAGCACACAGUUAACCCUUUGAUUGCCCCAGAUGUUAACCCCUUCCUGCCCAGUGUCAUUAGUACAGUGUCAGUGCUUUUUAUUAGCACUGAUCACUGUACUAAUGUCAUUGGGAUGUCAGUGGCAGUUAAUCAGUUCCCCCCAGUGUCAGAAUGCCCGCUGCAGUCC